ACUUUCAUUUCCCUCUUUUUUAGAGCUAAAUGGGAAUUUAUUAAUUCCCUUUUGGUAUUUUCUUCUUUUAAACAGAGCAUACACAAUGAACACGGUGGCCUCCCUCCUCGUUCUUUUAAUACUACCACAGCUUGUGGUACCUGAAGCUCCCACUGUGCCGUUCAGAGCCGUUGUUGAGAUAGUGGGAGACAAUUCAAGGAUCUUCACGGGGGAGAGCGUCCGGCUGAGAUGCAGCAUUCCUGAAGGCAGCAGGUCUGGCUGGAAGUUCCUUUGGUUCAGGGGAGGCGACGAGCUCCGGCAGACUGAUGGGGAAUUUAGUCUGUGGAACGCUAAAGUUCAGCAGAGUGGGAAAUUUUCCUGCCAAGGAGUGAGGGACACAGCUGUGGGGAACAUACACACUGUGAGAAGCCUACCUGUGGAGAUAAAUGUGGAUGGAGGGUGGGCUAUCCUGCAAGUCUCACCUCAUCCUGGUAUUGUUGGAGACACCUUGAACAUGACCUGUCGCAUCCGAGGCGACCGCCCAGCCAACAACAUGAUUCUCUACAGAGAUAGUGUUGAAGUAAUCAGACAAAAUGGCAACAAGUCACAUUUCUACCUGACCAACUUGACCCUUGAGGACCAGGGAAUGUAUUCUUGCAGGGCAUCGUGGAACAUAAGGAGACGCACACACUCCGUAGUUUCAGUUGCCCGUUAUGUGCAGGUCUUAGAGGUUCUGUCACAGCCUGUUUUGGAGAUCAUUGCUGACAAUGACCUGAAACGACUAAAUAAGAUUAAACUCCUCUGCCAUGUCGACUACAACGCCCGUGGUUUUACACCUCCGAUACACUACUAUUUCUACAAGGAUAACAACCAACUGGGAACAGCCACUUCUGAAGGCCGUGAUCUGGUCAGCCGGACCCCGGGGAUGUACAGCUGCAAGGUCAGGGUGCCUGAGUUGGGCCUGUUGAGGUGGAGCGAGGCCAAAAGCUUUGGAAAAAUAGCAGGACCACAGAUUAUGGUGCCUCCACGUCCCAGAUACCUACAGCCAUUAGCCCCCCCAGUGUUAUCUCCAGGCCGCCCCGUGCCUCCUGCAGCUCAGCCAACAGUAGCCCAGCUUCCCUCUCCCCUUAUUACUCAGCGUACAGAGGAGAGCAUCCAGUCAUCAGAGCAUCCUCCAAAGCCUUCACAACCAGUGCCAACCACUCUGCCGACUAUACUCCGGUCUGCCAACCACACUGCUGCCUUCCUGCCUCCUGCAGCUCAGCCAACAACAGCCCACCGAUCCACUCCAACUCCUACUUUCAUUCAGCCUACAGAAGAGAGCAUCCACUCCUCAGAACGUCCUCUGCAGUUUUUCAGCCAUACUACCCCAGGGCCUGCCAAUGCCACCCAGGACCAUUUGUCUGGAGGAUCUGAUGACACAUUUGAUGAGUCUAGUGGUGUAGCUGAGAUCUCUGCAGAGUCUGUCACCUUGAAAUGAAUGAUCCUAAAUCAGAGUAGUAAAGCAUGACUGCUAUAUCUUUAGCUUUCUGAUAUAAAUCUCUCCAGGCCAUUAUACUGCCACACUGCACACUUAUGAUUGUGAUUAACUGUGUAAUAAUCAUUUUUCAGAGACUAGAGUGUCAACUUCAUCAUGUCAUCUGUAGGAAACUAGCUGGAAAUGUCACAUUAUUAAGCAAAUAAACAUUUGAUAAACAA